CCUGCAACAAGCACUCACCGUCCGUAGCUGCGGCAGGAUGCACAGCCCCGCAGUGGGUGCCAUUUGCAGCCCCCUGGUGCCUCCCUGCUGCACUGCGCCCAUGUCUGUUCCUGGAGGCAGGAAAUCCUCAGGCAGCUCACGCAGGAGAGCAUCUCCCCCUGUCACCAUGAGAGAUGUAUACGGGACGUCAUCAGUCAGCAGCAGCACAUCUGGCUCCUACAAAGGGAGUGACAGCAGCCCUGUGCCUAGACGCUACUCUAAAUACACCCUGUGCAGUGAAAACCAUGGCAUCAAACCACCAACCCCAGAGCAAUAUCUCACCCCCCUGCAACAAAAAGAGGUGUGUAUCCGGCACCUGCGGGCACGUCUCAAGGACAUACAGGACGUUCUACAUGAGAGAGAUUCUGAGGUGGAUGAGUUGAGAUCGCAGCUGAGCCGGAUGCAAGAGGAUUGGAUAGAAGAGGAGUGUCACCGAGUGGAGGCCCAGUUAGCUCUAAAGGCAGCUCAACGUGAGAUUCAGCAGUUGCGUGAUGUCAUGGACAAUAUUCGGAGUCGUCUUGGAGACGAUGACUCUGGGAUCCAGCAAUAUUUCAGUGACAUAAACCUGCAAAAUCGGAAAUUGGAGACUCUACUACAGAGUGUGGAGCUGGCACAGGAUGGUGCCCCCCAUGGAGCAGAGGGUGGUGGUUCUACAGGAGACUCCCCUGCUCGAUCUCUGACACGAAGCUCAACUUACACCAAGCUCAGUGAGGCUCCUGCAGGGAAACGUCACUCUGAUACUGGUGACAGUGGUUUUGCGGCCCCUGAUGACAGCAGUGCAGUGUCUUCUGGCACAGAAUUCUGCCUUGGAGAAGGACUUAUUUGUCCAGAAGCUCAGUACCCCCCACUGUGUGUGGAAGCUGCUGUUCAGGCAAGCAGUAUGAGUGACUGUGGGGUGCAAACAGAUAUUGUUACAGAGUCUCCAGAGACAGAAAUCCUCAUAGAGAAGGUACUGCAGUCAUCUAGCAGUCCAACCAGUAAUGAAACCAAGGAGCUGGGAGAAACCCCUACAACCUCAGAAACCAGUUGUGUUGUGCUGGUCACAGAUGGAGCCUCUGGUGCAGAAGCUGGAGCAGAUGAGGCAGAUGCACCCCUUACCUACUGGAGUCGUCACUUUGUGGUAGACCUAAUGGCUGUAUUAAUUCCUGUGGUACCCACUGUGGCCUGGCUGUGCCGUGCACAGAGGCGUCAGGGGCAGCCUGUUUACAACAUCAGCUCUCUGAUGCGAGGUUGCUGCUCAGUUGCCCUACACUCAAUUCGCAGAAUCAGUUGUCGUCCUGUCAAUGCCACCCCUGGCCAACCCUGACUUUACCAUUAGACAUGUAACUUAGCACUUUGAGGGGCUAUGCAUUAUUGUGCCCCAAGGGAUCAUUGUUGGUUGGGGGAAGGAAAGUGGAUAAGUAGAUCAGUGAGAGCUGCAUGGUGGGGUUACAUCUCCCUGACACUAGCAGUGGAAUGAUUACAGGUGAAGAUCACAUGCUUUAUCUAGGGGUCAGUGUGUUCAUUAUAGGUAAGCAUGGUUUCUUUGGACCAGUGAGAAAAAAAAAUAUUUUUAUGUCACAUCUAGAAAGCUUGUUUUCAAAAGUUACUUGUCUAAAAACACAUGUAUGUAUGGGUUGCUGCAUGUGAUCAGCCAAGUCUGCUCACAGUAAUUGUGUGUACAUCUGUCUAGUUUGCUGUCCCAUGUCAUAUGCCCUGUUCACUACUGUAAGGUUACACAUUUGGGAUGAGGCACAUUUUGGCUUUUAUCCAAUGUAUCAUGUAUGUGGGAUAAAAAAACAAAUGAUUUGUGCCUAGAUGCUCAUAAAUUAAUAGAAAAAAAAUGUAGCGUUAGGUGACACGGUAAAAGCCAUAGUCAUGGGAUAGAAAAUGCACAUUGUGCUCAGCUGAACUAGUCUUCUGUCUUUGUCCAGGUGCUUCACAUUCUACUCUGUAUGUCCUAAUAAUCCUUCCAUACUUGGUGCUGUUCUUAUGACACACUUGGUUCCUUCUUCAGUUCUGCACCUAGUUGCCUCAAGCAGAAAACAGCAGGCUCACAACUGGCAUUUACCAGCCCUGAAACAGGACAAUCCGGCAAAUAACUAGAAGAGGAACUUUGAUUGUUACAGUUCUUGGCCAGCCAGUCCUGAAUUUGUGCCUUAUGAUUUUAGUUAUUGCCCCUGUUCUUAUUUAUGUCCCAGGUCUCCACUUCUUGGUCUAUGUUUUCCAGUUCAAUGCCUGCUCUCCAUUAUUUCCUUAACAGCUGUAGUCUUGAUGGCUGGAGUUGUGCUGCUUUUAAUGAGGUUUUUCUGCUGAAGAGCAACUAUUUCCUUUUACUGUAUUUAUUUGUUAAACAUUUUUUGUCACAUUUCCUUCCUGUAUCAAACAGUUCCAUAGAUGUGUGUGCUUGAGUUAGGAGUGUGAGCUUGUGCUCUAUAGAGGUGUGUGUGUGUGCUUGAGUUAGGAGUGUGAGCUUGUGCUCUAUAGAGGUGUGAAUGUAGGUUAGGACAAGUGUUUGUUGUACACUUUUGUUUGCACUAAGUAAAUAUUGCCAGAGUAUGCACAUACAAAUUCACCUUUAUGUCCUAUCUGUGUAACCAAACCCCAGUUUUCUUUGAGUGUGCUUACACAAACUUGUUCCUUCUAGGUGUACAUACACCCCCUCCCCAUAGCCUACUGUAAUACUGCAGGGCAGUAUGUGUUGCUGUCCUACUAGGCACAGGUUGAUGCUGGCCAUAUUCUGUCUCCUGUGUUCAGCAUCUAGUCACUGUAAUAUAUUGUGCGUUGGUACAUUGUCAUGUGUUGUUUGGGUGCAUGAGGUUACAGGCUUGCCUCUCCCUGGAGGAGUGUCGGUGCCUCAUUAAUAAACAGAAGGCUAUGGCAUUUUGGUUCAGAUUAAUAUGUUGGCUGUUGGUGUGCCAGGGUAGGUGCUGGUCAUGCUCUGUGCCAUCAUACUUCACCAGCAGUGAAAAUAAAAUAGAAGGGGUGGGGUGACAAAUGAACCUGUCGAGCACAUCACAUUGAAGUUUCUGGGCCGUUCCAAUGCAGUCACUCGAUUCCUGGUGAAUGUGAGAGCCACUAAGCUUUGCUUUCAGGUUUAUCUAUCAGAAAUUAGAAUAAAUUAACUUAUAAAUCUAUAUAUAGACAGAGCUAUAUAUUUUUGAUGUUGCUGCUUAUUGUCUGCUAUCUGUUCUGCUGAAUGUAUUAAACUGGCCUGAGCCACAUGACAUGGU